AUGUCUGGGCUGUCAAAGGAUUUUGACAUUCCUAGUGUAGCCUCUACAUCACAAGAAGGCCAAGAAAACAGGACACUGAAAGUCACAUUGCUAAGCAGAGAGUGGAGAUCAUCAACUGAUGGAGGCUUAUCAACCAUCAACAGGGAGCUUGCCAUACAGCUAGCUAAACACUCUAAUGUGGCAGUUAGUGUCUUUCUUCCGCAAUGCAGUGAAGAAGACAGGAACAAUGCAGCAAGUAAUCAUGUGCAGCUUGUUGAAGCCGAAAAAAUGAUUGGUUGGAAUCCAAAUGACUUGCUUUUUAAUGUCCCAGAUGGACAUGUCAUGGAUUGUGUAGUCGGACAUGGAUUAAGUAUUGGAAAACAUGUGCAGUUAAUUAAAAAACAUCAACACUGCAAAUGGAUCCAAGUUGUUCACAGUGCUCCAGAAGAACUUGGAAUGUACAAAAGCAUUUCACAAGGUGAACAAUUGCAAAAAACAGAAUUAAAAUUGUGUGAGAUGGCCCAUGAAAUUGUGGCAAUUGGACCCAAGCUGGCAGAAACUUACAAGCGCUACCUUCCUAAAAAAGAGCAAAAUGUCUUUGAUCUCACUCCAAGCAUUUUCUCUGAAUUUUUUAAUGUUAAGCAAGCCACUGAAGAAAGAAGCACUUUCAGUGUUCUAUUCAUUGGAAGUGGCGACAGCUGUGAAGAUUUCAUAUUGAAAGGUUUUGAUGUUGCAGCUCAAGCAGUUGCUGAGUUGAAAGAUAAGUCCUACAAACUCAAGUUUGUUGGUGCACCAAGAGGGAAAGAAGGUGAAAUAGCAGAUAAGUUGCUUCAACAUGGUAUUGAUUGUAGUCAGCUAAUUGUCCGCAGCUUUAGUGACAGCAGAGAAUUAUUAGCUGACUUAUUCUGUGAGGUGGAUCUUGCCAUAAUGCCAUCCAAGACUGAAGGAUUUGGAGUCAAUGCUCUUGAAGCUUUAUCUGCUGGUUUACCUGUACUUGUCAGUGGUAAUUCAGGACUUGGACAGGCUCUGAAGAAGGUGCCUUUAGGACCACAAUGUGUGGUUGAUUCUGAAAAUCCAAAAGAGUGGGCCAAGAAAAUCAAGGAGGUACGACACAAAGAGAGGAAGGUGCGACUUGAGGAGUCAAGUUUGUUGCGUGAAAAAUAUCAGGAGAAGUACAGCUGGGAGGAGCCCAUUGGAAGUCUUGUGAAGAGGAUGUACAGUCUCAUAUUUGUUAGAAAACUUGGUCACCAAGAAGUUCCAUGUGGAAGGACAGCCCCUCACUUGGCCUCCUGCCGUGAAACGUACGGUGAUGGCAGCAGCCUUGAUGAUGACAAAGACAGAGAUGACAGUGGAGGGACCAUGGUGUUAGAUCUACCACUCCUUAGGGCGAACGGUGGUUCCAAGAAGUACCUGGAGACGCCGCUUCAUCUUGCUGCCUGGCACCCAAGAGCGGAUGUGGCUAAACGUCUGUUGGACGACGGAGCGGAUGCGAAUGCACGUGGCCGUUUCAAUCGCACGCCCCUCCAUUUGGCCAUCGAACGUGAUGCACAAGGUGUCUUCCAGCUGUUGAUACGGAAUCGUGCCACAGACCUCGAAGCCCGAAUGGACGACGGUACCACCCCGCUUAUCCUUGCAGCAAGACACGACCUUCCAGACCUGGUGCGGUACCUCAUCAAAGCCGGAGUCGAGGUUAACAGCGCUGACAAUCAAGGGAAAACAGCCUUGCAUUGGGCUGCGUCAGUAAGCGGGCUUGAUGUCACCAAAGAGCUGUUAAAAAAUGGCGCUAAGAAAGACGUGCAAGAUGAAAAGGGUCAAACUCCGUUGUUCCUGAGUUGUCGUGAAGGCAGCGCAGAGACCGUGAGACAUCUUUUAGUGAACUUUGCUAACAGGAAAGUUGCCGAUUUUUUGGACAUAACACCUGAGAAUAUCGCUAGACAAAGACGGCAUCACGACAUUGUCAAAUUGCUAACGAAUUGGUCACUUGGCUGUAACUUUCCCAAUGCAGUUCCAGCCCCUACUUCACUCCACGAGGGGCAAAAAUCGCCCAUGGUUAGCAUAGCAUCUCUCCUGGCAACAUCGCCGCCAGCUGACGAAAUUCCGAAUGGUAGCGCAGUAGCCAUGGUACAAAAGGCCACAGUGAGUAGAACGUCUAGAUCGAGACCCAGACCAAGCGCAACCGGAAAUAAAAAUGACAAUAAUGCAAAGAGGAAGCGGAAAUAG